AUGGGGGUCUCUCAAAUGCGAGGUUUUACUCUGGAAUUUCAUUUGCCGCAUUACGCGCUCCGGCGAGAUGAUUGCCAGCUUUAUGACAGUCGGCGGAUCCGGAAACACCGUCUCUUUCGCCUCUCUGGCCAGGACGCUAUCUAUGAGGUACAACUAUCGCUGAUCGUAUAUGGGGUCGAUGACUUUUUCUGGACAGCCUGUUUCUGCGAAGACGCAUACUUUCGAGCAAGUAACCCGAUUAGUGGGUACCUCCAGGAUGAGGUCGACGGGCCAUCGUCAGGUUUGCGCAUGAGCAGGUUUCCUAUUUGGGACCCACGAUAUUAUUUCCUAUCCAUUCUAGUCAUUCGUAUGAGUCAGAUCACGAUGGAGUGGGCAGUAUCGAUGGAGGUCAUUACCGGGUAUCUCGACGAGCACGAUGACCUAUUUCUCGAGGACGAUCCGUCUUUGAAAAAGACGAAAGAAUCUACCUGGAUUCUGGGCUCACUACGAAGGCUUCGUAAUGUGCUAGCCCGAGUCAUCACGACGCUGGCAUCCUUCGACGCGAACAACAGCGUCUACUUUGACCUCGAAACCGAGGGCGCCCUGUACGACCGUUUCCGCGAGUGUUUCGACCAGCUGCGCCAAUUCACUGCCGAGUUGACUACCAUUCGAAUGGUCCUAGAGCAGCAGAUCGAAAUAUUAGAAAAGAUGUCGGAUGUGCUGGUGAAUGCUUCCUCCCUAGCGGAGAGCAUCACGGCCAGCCGCCAGGGAGACAACAUCCGACUUUUAACAUAUAUCAGUAUUAUAUACCUCCCUGUAACUCUGGCAACGAGCAUUUUCGGUAUGAAUCAAGUCAGCAGUGAGAACGCAUGGUGGAAAUACUGGCUGUGUCUCGUCUGUCUUACGGGGGGCACCAUCACCGUGGCCGUCGGAUUACAGAUGAUAAUACCCCGGUGGGGAAAAGGGCAAGAGAAACAUGGUUAA